AUGUUUAACAAUAUUUUAAUGCUGUUGCGUAGCAAAUAUAGUGCUUCCAUUACUUUUUAUUCUGGUAGCAAAUUAAAAGCUGAAAGUCCUGGAAAAAAAAUCCUGGUUCCGGAUCCAGAAAAAAUAAUAAUAAAAAUUCGCAACAAAUUUGCUAGCAAAGAAUUAAUGCAUACUGUUGGUAAAGGUAUUGCCACCUCAGAUAGUGAUAAUCACUUGAAAUCCUAUGCUUAUGGCAUAACUGAUUUUGGAGUUCUUAAUAGUAAAGGAGUAGCACAAUUUUUGACUAAAUACUUUAAUUUAAAAGCAAAAUAA